AUGGCUGGAAUUUUAGGAGCCCCUUCUUGCGCAUUCAAGAUGCUGGCGCGAGGUGUGUGGAGCCUCUUUCCCCCGGCGCUGCGGGGCCCACCCCCGCUCCCUACCCAAGGCUACCAUAUUCCAGAUCCCCUCCUCACAGUGCAAAGCCUCCAGAGCCACGCCCUAGCCCCUAGUACAUUCAGAUCAAAAGGCAACACUGUCCUUCUCUGGGUCAAUGGUGGCUUGAAGGGAUGGACAGAGAGCUCGACAGCCUUACUUAUUGCCGGUGAGAAAGCGGGCAAAGAUCCCCAGUUGCUCGCUCCUGGGCUCUGUGAGAUCUGGAGUGGACGCAAGAUGAUGGCAACCCUGAGGCCUUCACAAGGCCCCCUGGCCUCUUCAGAAGGGGGGAACCCUGCUAAGGAGGAGACCCUCGUGCAGCGCGUUCCCCUGAGGCGAAAAAUACAAGCCAUCAAGCGACUUGACCCCAAAUUCCAGCGCGACGUCUUAUCCCAGGGCCUAGGAAGGCCCCGCUGUCAGCAGGCUCAGCGUCUGUUAAAAAGAGGAGAUCCCAAAUCAGUUUCCGCACGCUGUCCAUUGUUUCUGCACCAGCUUAAGCCGCGGUUGCACCUGUGGGCGAAAGCCCUUACGGCCCAGGCGCUGCCCCCGCCCCUAUAUCCUGAGGUGGCAUUCGCUGGCCGGUCCAAUGCGGGAAAGAGCACGUUGAUCAAUGAGCUCUGCGGCCGCAGCGGCACGGCGGGGGUCUCGAAGCGUCCAGGAAGCACACAGGAACUGUUCUUUUUUAAGGCAGGGUCACCUUGCUCUCUCUGUCUUGUGGACCUCCCUGGCUAUGGCUAUGCCGAGGCCGAACCGUCUAAGCGUCUCCAGUGGACGGAGAUGUCUCUUUUUUAUCUCAAGACCCGCCCGAAUCUGAAGCGCGUGUUUCUCCUUGUGGAUGCGCGUUGGGGCCUAAGGGAAAGCGACCUGUGCCUGCUUGCGUUCUUUGAGCGCCACCGCAUCCCCUUUCAGCUCGUUUUGACAAAGGCGGAUCUGCCGGAACAAAAGUUCCUAAUCAAGGUUCUUCAGAUUGUGGGAGAGGAGCAGAGGAGGUUCAAGGGCUGCGCGGGACCGCCUCUUGCCGUUAGCGCUCUGCGCCACAGAGGCUUGGACCCUCUACGCGCGGAAAUCGACAAACUGCGACUCUCUAAGGAGGUGGUCCUGGGGCGUCUCAGGCUAAAGGCAAGCUCAAGGAGCCCUUUGGCUUGCCUUCAUGCAGCAAAUCUGGUGGAGGCGCAGCGCUUGAAGAAGGAGCUUCGCACGAGGGCAAAAGCCAAAGGCUCUUCAAGUGCAGGAGGACCUCUAGAAACAUCUGCGUCACAGGCACGCGAGGCACAAGCUGCUGCUCCUGAAUCAGCUGCGCAUGCAGAUGAUCCCGUUGCUCGUGCCCUGUGGCGCUGGGGAGCGCAUCUCCCGGAGGGCUUCGGCAAAGUGUUGACUGGGAAGCAGCCCCAGAUUCCUCGCGAUUUGAUCGACACAGCUAGUAGCGACAACCCCAUGCCGGGCCCUUCUUGCUCAGAGAUGUUGGAGGAAGGCGCAGUUCGAAACGCGUUAAACAGCGCACACCACCGAAGGCAUGCGGUUUGCGUAGUAGACGACGUGCAGAACAUUGUAUCUCAAGACCUAGAAACCCACAAUCCCGAUAAGCAUGUGCCAGAGGCGUCUGCUGUAGUUGCUGCCUUGGACAGAGCAGCAGGAGCCCUACCUCUGCCAGAUGUCUCCUAUGCAAAGGCUCUCAUCAAGAAUUUUCCGCCGCCUGGUUUGGGCCUCACCUUGCAGACGGACACACAGGUAGAUAAGCAGCCCAGGUCUGGAAGAAAUGCAACGGCGGAUGUCGUUCUCCAGCAUUCCGAGGACUCGAGGGCCCGGGCUGCCUCAGAAGGCACAGCCAUCUCGCCACGCGGAGACGUCUGCAAUUCGCAUUCAUUGGCUAGCCCAUAUGAUGGCUCUUCCUUCAAAGAGUUCAGAAUGGCAAGUCCAGGGGCGACUGACGUCCUAGAAGGUGACAAAACUCAGUUGUCUUGUGGCGCUGUUUGCGUGAACAAAACCGCCUUGCCCUUGAUUCAAGGAGAAGUCGGUCCGGCCCUUCCCAUGGUGGCGGUGCAGAGAUGUGCCGGCAAGGAGAACGAUCUGGCCUUAGAAGAAACGCGAGAUGUUACUGCCGAUGAAAUGGUGUCUUUGGGUUCCCGGGGGAAGUUCUCCAGUAGGCCAUUGGACGCCCUGCGUGCCAAAGAGUGGCGGGCGAGACGUGUGAGCAAGUCGGCGGUGGAGAUCGACAUGAGGCUUCCGGGGAGUGAGACAGCAAGUAGCAGGACAUUUGUGCAUUUGGAAACGGGCUGCAAAGUUCUAGAUGAAUCGAUGCUGCCUCCAGGCCAGGUGCAGGGCCCGAAGAGUGCGCCAACAGCGGGAGCCGCCUGCUCAUUCCCUGACUUAAGCGCAGUCUUCGCCUUUCGGAGGCAGCCCAAUAUAAGAUGCCGGAAAGAUACCACAAUUAGACGGCCGCCGCCUUUUGCCACAACGGGAGCUGAUGUAAUUCUGGAUGAAGAGACGCUUGCUGCUGAGGCGCUGAUGAAAAAUCAUACUGGCAACGGAGGCCGUGUUGAAGGCGCGCCAGACGCAUGCGCCCACACUGGUCUUUACGAGCUUGACAUGCAGCGCAGCUUUGAGCGGAAAUGGUGUAAGGAACUGCUGCCAAUUGGACAUUCAGAGGAUUUACGUGACCGGAAGAAUAUCGAACCUCAGCAGCAGAAUGCGAGCAGAGCUGCUUCCUGGAAUACUAGAAAGGGUUCCUUAAAUCCAUUCCGCAUUCCGGCGGACUACAUCAUGACUCGAGAAGAUUGCAACAAACCACUAGCUACACGCAUGGCCUUUGAAGUCCGUCUACAGCGAGCCCAAGAGGAACCUCGGCCCUCAGAGAGUCCACCUGUCUCGGAAGGCAGAGAUCUGAGCAGCGCAGAUUCGCUGUUGUUCUCAGCGGCACAGCGGCGACAGGAGCACCGCUUAAGAGCGCUCACGACGAAAACUGGGAGGAGGGACGCCCGGUCAAAAGAAAUGACCUGGGACGUUGCAUAUAGGAAGUGGGUGCGAUGGGCAAAGGCGCAUCCGCAUCUUGCCAGGAGUGUACCACGGCCGUCUAAAGCGCGUCUCUACGCAGAUUUUCGGCAGCAGCUGCAGAAAGCAAUGUACUGCUACAUUGCCACGCUUCACAUCGUGAUAGCAAGACGGCGACUCGUUUUUGGUAAUGCUUGUUGA